AGGGUCUGCUCUUGCUCCAGACCCUCGCAGGGUGGCUGGUAGCCUUCUUUCAUGUUAGACGCUAGAUGUCACCUGCAGAAGAAGAGAAGAGCUUACCUCUUCCAGAGAGAUGGCCCCGAGCCAGCAAAUUCGCUCUGUCAGCCUGUGCAGCGGCUGUGGCAGAACUAGUGACAUUUCCCCUGGAUCUCACGAAAACUCGGCUGCAGGUCCAAGGUGAAGCUGCCGUUCGUCGCAACGGAGCUGCCGCCGGCCAGGCAGUCCCUUAUCGUGGCAUGCUGCGCACCGCGGCUGGCAUCGUGCAAGAGGAGGGCUUACGAAAGCUCUGGCAAGGAGCCACGCCGGCUGUCUACCGCCACAUAGUGUACUCUGGGGUUCGGAUGGUUGCAUAUGAACAUCUCCGUGACUCCGUGCUUGGCAGGUCUGAGGAUGAAAGCUUUCCUUUCUGGAAAGCUGUAGUUGGAGGCAUGUCUGCGGGUGCCAUUGGACAGUUUUUCGCCAGCCCGACUGAUCUGGUGAAGGUGCAGAUGCAGAUGGAAGGAAAAAGGAAGCUGGAAGGAAAGCCGUUACGGUUUCGAGGAGUGCACCACGCAUUUAUGAAGAUCCUGUCCGAAGGAGGAAUACGGGGGCUUUGGGCUGGAUGGGUGCCAAAUGUGCAGAGAGCUGCUCUGGUGAACAUGGGAGAUCUGACCACUUAUGACACAGUGAAACACUUCUUGCUUCUGAACACGCCGCUUGUGGACAAUUGUGUGACUCACAGCAUUGCCAGUUGCUGUUCUGGCCUGGUAGCUGCUGUUCUGGGAACUCCUGCUGAUGUGGUCAAAACCCGGAUAAUGAACCAGCCGAGAGAUAAGCAGGGAAGAGGUCUGCUGUAUAAGUCUUCCGUGGACUGCUUGAUUCAAACUGUACAGGGUGAAGGGUUUAUGUCUCUAUACAAAGGCUUUAUACCAACCUGGAUGCGAAUGGCUCCUUGGUCACUGGUAUUCUGGCUUACGUAUGAACAAAUCAGAAGGAUCUGUGGAGUUAGUUCUUUUUAAAAUUGUGAAAGCACUUCAAUAUUCACAAAACAAAGAAGAAGCAGAAAGCUGAAUUCUCAUUUCACAAGGCAUCCCGACCCCACAGGGAACUAACACAUUUAGGAGAUUGGCAGUAGGAUCACAUGUGUAAGUUGCUGCCCCAAAUCCAGCCCUUACUGUUUAGGAGUAUCCAUGCCUUAAGGACACUAUUUCUUUGUCAGACUGCUAUAUGAAAUUUAAGUUAUCCACAGGACAAAAUUGCCACAAUAAUGCUUCAACUGGCAGCCAACAUCAGCUUUCUGAAACCAUAAACAGAGGUUAAAAAAAAAUCUACCAAGCAAGUAGAAUAUAAUACUGUUUGCUUGUUUGAUAGAGUUUGAUAGAGCUGGUUCCUUCUGUUAAGGACGAGAGCAGGUUGAACAACGCAGCACUGAACAUCUUCUGUGGCUAAGCAGCCCAUAAAAUUUGGGAAUUUUUGUUAUUGUUACAUUUGCACACACAUAAAGAACUACCUCUCAUUAGUUCGAUGCCUCAGCAAACCAAGUCUGUAGCACUAGGAACUGAAAAAGAUUAAAGCAGUUUACCUGAUUUCAAAUUUGCUUUGCACAGAAGAUGGAAGGGGUUGUGCUCCUCUUACUUCCUGGAGACACCCCGACCUCUUCACUCAACCAUUUCAGUAGUAACCAUGAGUGAAAUGCAGUCCUGUACCCAGUACAUCAGAAGCCUAGUUUGCUCUGCCCCUCUUGAAGUACUGCUGUCCAUACCUGUCUACACAUGCUGCCCAUAGCACCGAGUUGAGCUACUUGCCCUUUGAGGGUCCCCAUGCCAACAUGGCAGACCGGACAUUACGAUACCACUUUUCCAUGGAAAUACACACGCUGCCCAUGAAAAAGUAAUGUUAUAUUCCAACAUUUUGUGUUUUUGAAGCAGAGUAAUUUAUUUCAUUUUUAAACCUAAAUCCUUCUAGAUUUCAUAGGAAAGGAGACGGCUGCUGUUUCUCACUAGCCUUAUCUUUGGCAAUCAGGAGGCAAAAAUGCAGUAUAAAAGCAAUCAUAAUGUAGACAGAAGAAAGCUGGCUUUGAUUUAGCAAUAUCUGGUAAUUAAAUGACCAUACAAGACUUAGUCCUCUGAGUAAGUACUCAGGAUUUCUUCUAGACUAGUCUUUGCAACUAGUAUCUUCAAUGUGCCAACUUCUGAUUAAAUACAGUUUGGGCAUUUUCUUGGCUUGCACUUGUACUUUUUGAUUGUGUUGUAGAUCUGUUGUGGCCACAUGCAUUUGGUGUGUGAUUCCAGUCUGGAAAAAUUCAUCUCACUGUUAUUAGGGGGGUCAGAAGUUUUUGUUCAGAAAUAUGUUAUUUUUCUAGUUGUCAGCCUGAGAAAUUAAUCUAAGUUCUUUCCUUCUUGCAUACCAUCACCCAUGGUUAUAAACCAUCAGUCAAAGCUGCUUCUUCAGUUCCAUCCCAAGUAGUCCUGUCUUGGAUAACCCUGAUGAUGGAUGUGCAGAAGUACCUGACCUACUGAGUUUAAAAACGUAAUUUUAGAAGUCUUGUAGUGAAAACUGUUCUAACUUAACAAAGCUUUUUUUUUUGG